GUUUAAAUAUCCCAGCCAUCGACCGCAGCAGCAGAACACGCGCAACCAAUAACACCUUCAUCAUCAAAGGACGCUAGUAGUCACACCACAUUUCAAGUCAUACAAAAGAUCUCAGAUCUUGCUUUCUAGAUUCUACACUACUGCUACUGUUACUACCGCUAUUACGAGAUCGAGUCAUUUUCAAACACGAAAAUGGAUCACUACCCCGAAGUCAGCGUCAACGAACGGGAAACCCCAUCCUCGAUGCUCUCUUCCCGCCACGACUCCGCCUCCUCUAUCGCCAAAGCCGCCGCCGCUGGUCAAAGACCCUCAGGAGCCUCCACUACAGACGACUCCACAGCGCGUAACUCCUCAUACCACUCCUUCCCCUCGCCAUCAACGCACUCAUCAAACCACUCCACCCACCGCAGCGACUCGAGCUCGUCGUCCAACUCAAACGUCCAGCGCAUCGAAGCAGAGUACGCGCGGUAUACGGAUGCGCCGCCGCCGUACAGCGAGAAGGCGUAUGAGGGCAAGAGCGACGACGAGAGGAAUAGCAUGCGCAUGACGGAUUAUGCGAAGGAGAUUUCACGGAUGAUGGGACGGCAGUUGGUUAGGGGGUUGAAGAUUGAUGAGAGGGAGAAGGGGAGAAAGGGGGAUAAGGCAAGGUGAGGGGGUGCGAGGGAUGGAUGGGAUACGUGGUGUGGUGUUGACAUGACGGUUCGGCUGGUUCCUGUUAUUGGUUUUGUUUGUAUGAUUAGCACGAUUCUGUAUUAUUAGCACAGCGGUGGCGUUCAGUGAUGCUAUUGCAGCGCCUUGGAGU